UAUGCAUAGAAUCACUCUAAACGACUUAACUUAGUUUAUGUUCCUUUGCUUUGAUUACAAAAGUUUUGUAAUUGUUAAUAAAUAACAAAUUGGUGAUUUUUGCUCAUAUUUGUUAAAAAGAAAAUGAAAAUGUCUACAAGGAAACGUAGAAUGUGUUACGUACCUCAGUGCGAAGUCAAGGAGAGUAUAACUGAAAACAUAAGUUUUCACAAGUUUCCAAAAAAUGAACGUCAAAAAAAGCAGUGGUUAAAAAUAUUAAAAAUGAAAAGCGAAAGUAUCACAAAACACACACUGGUGUGUAGUAAACAUUUUCUAAAGCAGGAUUAUUUUAUUAAUGCCAAUGGAUUCAGAAGAGAUUUAAAGAAAAAUGUAGUUCCUUCAUUAUAUUUACCUGUUACUUUAAUUACACAAAAAAUAAAAAAUCAAAACACAAUGAAGGAAAGAGAGAUGCGAGUAAUGAAACGUAAUAACUCUAAGAGGUUUUUGAAUUUGCAUAAACUGCAACGUCUCCAUAGAGAUGAUGAAGAUAUAGUCGAUGUUGAAAUGCAUACAGAGUUGAAGGUGAAUGAUAACAUUGAAAAGUCUAUGGAAAUUCAAGUGCAAAAGUGUAGUAUGUGUCAAGGUACAAGAAUAAUUACGCGUAAUAUGAAGACAAUUGAAAAAGUUAUGUUUGACAAAGAAGUUCAAACGGAAAAGGAAACUUGCGACAAGUCUCUCCAAGUACAAGAAAGCUUCAUUUUUUCCGAUUUCUUAGACACAGACACUAAAUUAAAUACUGUCUCAGGUGUAACAUCCUUCGAUAAUUUCGCCUAUUUAAAAUCUUCAAUAGAAAAAGUGAAGAAAACAAAUCAAAUGGGAAAAGCGACUUCCAAAUUGAAUUUAAAAGACCAAAUUAUUUUAACUUUAGCAAAGUUGAAGUUAAAUUUAAGUUUCGCUUGCAUAGCCAUUCUUUUUAGGGUAUCUCGCCAAACAUGCAGAAAUGAAUUCUAUACCAUGCUUGGAUUACUAAGUGCGUGUUUGUCGCCUCUUAUUCGAUGGCCUCCAAAAGAUGAAAUUUUAGAAAAUAUGCCAAAAUGCUUCAAAUUUUUUCCAUCGACACGAGUUAUUUUUGACGGAACCGAAAUACCCAUUCAAAAAAGAAAAUGUUUAAAAUGUAGAAUCGCGACUUAUUCACAGUAUAAAAGUGGACAUACUGUUAAAUUUAUUGUAGGAAUAACUCCAUCAGGUCUAAUAUCUUUCGUCAGUGAUUCAUAUGCAGGACGUGCCUCCGAUAAACAAAUAAUUGUUGAAUCUGGUAUUCUUGAUAAAUUGAUUCCUGAUGAAGAUAGUGUAAUGUGCGAUAAAGGUGUGUUAAUCCAAAAUGAGUGUAAAAAGCGUAAAAUUAAAUUAAUUAUGCCCUGCUCUAAGAGUAAAAUUGUUGUACAAUUCUCACCACAGGAAGCGAAUUUAAAUCAAAAAAUUGCUUCAGCGAGAGUACAUGUAGAAAGAUCGAUUCAACGUUUAAAAAUUUUCAAAAUUUUGAAAGGUCCCUUAAGUUGGGAUGUAGUUUCUUGGAGUCCUGAAAUAAUGCGUGUUAUCUGUGGACUUGUAAACCUUUCACCUCCGAUAUUAAAAGAAGACAAGUUUUAAUAGGAAAAAAGUUUUUUCGUUUUUUUUUUAUCUUAAAUUUCAUUUUUAUUGUUAAGUGUAUUCUGCAUAUUAAAAACAUUUCUAAAAAAUAAAAAGUAUAAAACUUUAAAAUUUGAGAAAUUUUUAAAAACUUAUAUUGCAUUAAACCCUCGGUAAAUUUAAUUUUUUACUGGUUUCUCUCACUCGAGCCAUAUGUAUUGCUGCCUCACAUAGUGGUACUCCUAUAAGCAGCAACAUAUAAAAAAUAAAAUAACCAAAAUUGCACUUUUAUUAAAAAAUUUAAUGUUAUUUUUUCAAAAAAAAAUUAAAAUGUUAAAGUUUUUGAAAAUGUUGAUACAUUGAGUUUUGAAAAUUUUUAAAUACAUAAAUAACAUUGAAUAUAUAUCUUGGAAGAAUUGAUAUACUUUCCAAGUUAUUAAGGACGUUUAUUCUAGAAAAGCAGAUUUUUAGAAAAAAAUUUACAAUUGUUAUUUAAAAAGUAGAAAUAUUAUUAUUAUUUUCUGAAAGAAUAAAUGUCAAUUUUCUAGAAAAAAAUUUAAUUAUUUAAACAUUAUUCAAGUAAUCAAAACAUU